AUGGUGAGCAAGGCGGAGGGAGAUAAAAGCAUGCUCACCAACUCCGAGUCGGACUCAGAGGUGGCGCCCACCCCCUCCCCUUCCGCCUCGCUGGCCCUGGAGGUCAAAUACUCCUUCCUGGACACCAGCAGCAGGUCACAGCAGCAGGUACGGAAGAGAAACAAGGCCCUCCAGGUGAGAUUCAAGGACAUCUGCGAGGCACAGAACGAGCAGAGAGAGGCCGCUCUACAGAUGGCCGGGAAGGGGGGCAAGCCAGGCUCCUACAAGGUGGCGUACCGCAAGUACAUGACAGUGCCCGCUCGGCGCUCCAUCCCCAACGUCACCAAGAGCACAGGGGUCCAGACCUCCCCGGACCUCAGGAGCCGUUACAAGACCUUUCCCAUGGAGAGGAAGAAGGGCCACAGCCACACCAAGCAUGUGGAGAGAGACAAGGGCCACAGCCACACCAAGCAUGUGGAGAGAGACAAGGGCCACAACAAUGGGUUUGUCAUCGACGUCAAGCACUCCAGAGCUGUGGAGCGUUUCGGGGACAGGGGCGCCUGCGGUGGAGGAGGAGGAGGAGGAGGACAGAGAACCAGAGCUGUGGAGAGUUUAGGGGACAGGGGCGCCUGCGGUGGAGGAGGAGGAGGAGGAGGAGGAGUACAGAGAACCAGAGCCUUGUUACAUACUACGGAGUGCAUAGCUACGGUGGAGAAGCACUGUACAGACGACGUCCUCUACUCUGACUGUCUGAUGCUCACAGACGGCCCCUCUCCCUCCAACACGCCCGACUCCAACCCACAGGCCACCGACUACCAGAUCUGCAGCGCCGACUCCAACCCACAGGCCACUGACUACCAGAUCUGUAGCGUGGAGUCCAACCCCCUGGAAGGACUAGAACACAGGGAACUGGACUCCUCGGACCGUCCGGCCAGUAAACGGCAGCUGCUGCACUCGGAGGAGCCAGGCUCUAGCAGGACUCUGCCGGGGGACAUGAGAGGGUCUUCCUCAGUCUCCAAGGUGACCGGCCCCAUCUCCUGGAACUCUCUGACCCAGGUGGAGUGUCUGGAGAGCCCGACAGCACGGAGCAAACGAAUGAAGGGACUGGAGCUCAAUGGACUACAGUCUCAGACCCUCCCGCGGGCCGCUGGCUGCACUACUCAGGCACAGUGUCAUGAACCGGCAACGUUCUCGUCACAGACGUUCUCGCCACAGACGCUGUCGGCCCGGACCACGGGGGAGGCGCUGGGCUGUAGGAGUAGCGGGGUCGAACCAGCGACCGUAGCGACUGCAGGGGGAGUUAACCCCGGGGGGGCCUGUAAGCAGAUAGUACCGGUACUGACUCAGAAAGGGGAGGGAGGAGAGGACGUGAAAUCACAGCUUCAGGCCAUGGAGAACCUGAUCUCCUCCAGCCAGGAGACCAUCAAGGUCCUACUGGGAGUUAUACAGGAGCUGGAGAAGGGAGAGGCCCAGAGAGAGGGGUAAGGAGACUAUACUAACACUAUCUAUCUGAUGUGUGGGUCCUACAACCUACUGGGAGUUAUACAGGAGAAGGGAGAGGCCCAGAGAGAGGGGUAAGGAGACUAUACUAUUACUAUCUAUCUGAUGUGUGGGUCCUACAACCUAC